UUCUGUGGAAUAUUGUUGUCUGUGAACAUAUUCAUUUCUGGUCUCAUCUCCAUCCACCCCUUUUCUUUCGCAGCCCUAAAAUUUCUCUCUCUAAAUUUCGCCCUCGAUCUUCUCCGAUCAUCCCUCGCUACCAUGGCCAAUUCAGCAUCAGGAAUUGCUGUGCAUGACGAGUGCAAGCUGAAGUUUAUGGAGUUGAAAACCAAGCGAUCACACCGUUACAUUGUUUUCAAGAUCGAAGAGAAGCAGGUUAUUGUAGAGAAGCUUGGAGAACCAGCCCAAACUUAUGAUGACUUUACUGCACUCCUUCCUGCUGAUGAGUGCAGAUAUGCAAUUUAUGACUUUGACUAUUUCACCGAAGAGAAUGUCCCAAAGAGCAGGAUAUUCUUCAUCGCCUGGUCCCCCGACACUGCAAAAGUUAGGAGCAAGAUGAUCUACGCAAGCUCAAAGGACAGGUUCAAGAGGGAGCUAGAUGGCAUUCAGAUUGAGCUGCAAGCAACUGACCCAACUGAGAUGGGUCUGGAUGUCUUCAAAAGCCGCGCAAAUUAAAGUCUUCUAGUGUAGCAGUGGAGUAUGAUACUAGCUCUAUGCUUUGCUCUACAGAAUGUUAAUAGUUUGUGGAACUAUGGUGCUGGCUAAAGCUAUAAUACCUUUCCUGGUCGAAGCUUAUAUUCUGUUAGCCAUAUCUUUAUCUAGAAAAAGCUGUGAUUUUUGAUC